GAUAAUUUUCGCCCUUAUCACGAAUUAGACUUAUUAAUUAAUUAGACAUAACCGAAUAUCCAUUAUCCGUAUUCCGUAUGGCGAUGCCCGAUUUUAAAGAAAAAAUUAUAGUUGUUUUAUACCGAAUUCUAUUUGUUUGUACAAAAUAAUUUAAACAUACCUACAUAACUGAAUAAUUUUAUAUUAUUUUUAUUAUUAAAAAUGAGUCUAUCGUCAUCAUAUCAAACUCGUUAUCCAGUUUUUAAAAAAGAGGAAUUACAUUUAUUAGCAAGUUUGGUCAACAAGUAUAGUCAUAUACUUGAGCGUAAACGAAGCAAUGCUACUGCUGUCAAGCAAAAAAAAUGUUUUUGGGAUAAAUUAGCCGCCGAAUUUAAUUCCCAAGGAUUGUAUGUGUAUGUAAGUAUAUUAAAUGAUUAUUUGAUUAUGGGUAAAUGUAUACAUACAUUCGUUAUUAUAUUACCAUUGUGUGUUGUGUAUUAUGUGUUAGGUAUUAUUAUUGUAUGUCCAUACAAACUAUAAUUUUUUUUUCUUACAGCGUUCAGUUGAAAAACUGAAAAAGCGAUAUUAUAAUGGAAAAAACGAUAAAAUUGCAGAACAAAAGGCUCAAAAUAGCAUACCAAUAUCAACACCUAAUAAACCCAAUUAUGAUUCACUUUUACUUCAGGAAGCCGAGCUAAGAGUAAAAAGACAGCAUUUACUUAUUGCUCAGGACAAAAUGUUAUUCGAGUUGGCCGUACAAGAAAAAAAAUUAAAAGUACAGUUGACCGAAGAAAAUUUAAAACGUAAUAAUGUAAUACCCCUUGUAAUGGUUAAAAAAGAGUUUCAAGAAGGUAAUUUGCACACUGAUUAAUGGAUUGUCUCUAGAAAAAUAGGUAACUUAACUUUUUUGUCUGAAAUUAAAUACAAAUUCAUUAAGUAAAAAUAAAUCUUAAUUUUUUUAAUAAAAUAAAUUCUUAAUUUUUAUUUACUUAUCAUUAAUACCAUCAUAUAUUACAUAGAUAUGUACGGUGGUGUUGCUCUCUAUGGCCAACUUAAGACUCUUAAUUCAAAUUCAAAAUUAAAGCAUAAAUAUGUUAUUAGUUAAACAAUACAAAGUUUGAAUUUCAAAAUCUUGAGUACUUAUGGAAAUGAAAAAUUAUUAUUAUUAUUUUAAAAUUGUAUUUUCCCUUUCGAUAGUCAUCUUACACUGUUUUUGUAAUAAUUGAUAUCAGUCAGUAAAUUAAUUAAUGUUGAUAAAUAAAACAAUAAUCUUAUGGCUUAUCAAAUUACAAAACUAAACUAGUUACAUAUAUAUUUAUAUAUGGCCACUCAUUAGUGGCCAUUGCAGAGAUAUUGACCAUAAGUGGUGACUUCGUCCAAAACCAUCAGUCACACUUACAAAUAUAUUUUUUUUUUUUAUUUAGUAGGUAUUUAACUUUAAUGACUACAAACAUUUUUUUUGUUAAUUACAAAUAUUUAUCAACGUAGACAUUCUCUACCAAAUUGUAUAAGUGCUUUUUCAAUAAAUUGCUCUUUCUCUGAAUUUAUUUUUUCACAAUGAACAUUUGACUUAACAUCUUGAAUCAAAGCCAUAUUUUAACAAGUCAUAAGUACUGAAAGAAUGUUCUACUGUAGAACUUGUAUCUGGUUGGGUUGGGACAUAAAUAGUCCCAAAGCAAUUGCUAUACUUGAGACAAAUGUAAUGACUAUUUAAAAAAAUCAAUAAAGUUAAUGCCUUACAGUCAAGAUUUUGUCCAAAAUUGUACCUACCAACUUUCUGCUUCAACUUGUAAAUUAUCAAUUUUAUAGAAAUCAUAACUUCUUUCAACACUCAAAGUAAUAUUUUUUUCUCAAAUUGUUUAAAAUGCAUAUUAUUAUUAAAACUAGCUAAGAAUAGAUAAUUUUGUCAUAUUUAAAGUAACACAUGAUUAUUGUAAAUAUUAAUGUUUACGAAUAACUAAGUUGC